GCCGAAGCCAAGAACCUCUUGCAGGGACUGCUAGUGAAGGACCCGCAGAGGAGACUCGGCGGCGGACCCGAAGACGCGAAAGAGAUAAUGUUUCACCCGUUCUUCAGAGGAGUCCAAUGGCAGGAUAUGCUCGAGAAGAAGGUGACGCCGCCGUUCAAGCCUCAGGUGACCAGUGAUACCGACACCCGAUAUUUCGAUCAGGACUUCACGGGCGAGUCGGUGCAACUGACUCCACCCGAACAGACGACCCUCAACUCGAUCAACGAGGAGACAGAACAGCCAUAUUUCCAACAGUUCUCGUUUCACGGGAGCGCCACCGCUUUGGCCCAAAGCAUCGACCAGUGAUUAUAGUGUUCUUCUACGGCCUCACAAAUCGCUACAAAUAUUUCUAUUAGU